CUGCCAUUAAGACGCAGCGAAAGCUACGCUUGGUUGGGCAAAAAGAAUUCCUGGUGGUAUUGCCUAGGCAGCCGUCCGUCAGACAUCGCGAAAGCGUUGCAGGUUCGGCAUCUGUGGUUUUUAUGUAUCUGUAAUAUGGAGAAACUAAAAGGGUUAAAAGAGGUUUUGGGCAGCAAUAAUGCCUCUAUACCAAGUUCUUCUCCGUUGGGUUGUUUGUUGGCACAUUGGAAAGAGGGGAACUUCGGUCAGGAAUUACGAAAAGAUAAGUUGAUUGAAUAUUGUAAUGUUCACUGGCCAAAAUACGCUUUGCCUGAAAAUCAGAGGUGGCCGAAAAACGGGUCUUUUGAUGUGAAGGUUAUUAUGCAACUUAGAUUGCUUUGUACACAAGAUGGAAGGGUAGAACAAUUACCAUAUAUUGACUUAUUUCUGUGCUUGCUUGAGAAACCGGUUUUGUGGCUUGACAAAAUGAAAGCAAUGAAGCUUGAGAAUAAUAAGUGUCUGGCUUGCGUCCAAAAUAAGCAUUGUAUGGAACAUGCAGUUUUAAGUGAAAUUUUAGGGGGAAAAAGAGAUGAACUGGAAUCGGAAUUAUUGGUAUCUCCCAUGGCUCCUGGAACCACCACGGCCCCCUCAACACCAAGUUCUACCCCGCUCACCCUGACCCCACCUGAUUCUCUUACACACCCCUCGCUCGCGCCAGCACAAUAUGUUUCACCCCCACCUUUGUCUGCUGAUCCUCCUCUGCCUGUGCCAGCCGCUCCUCCGCUUGCUCUGCCUGCCCAGGUGCCGGUCCCUCCUCCGCUGGCUCAGAGAACCCCCCCUUCUCCACAUACACCUGCUCAAAGCUAUCCUGCUCCCCCGCCCACACCCGCUGAAAGAUUUAUCCCCCCUCUAACACCAGCUCAAGGGUACCCUCCGCUCCCACCUACACCUCCUUCACCAGCUUCUGGCCCGUCUGCCCCCCUGUAUCCUCCCCUCCCCGAUUCACCUGUCCAGGAUGUGAUUGUGAGGCGGAAGCAAAGGGGGAAUGUGAAGAAGACAGAUAGAAUGGAAAGUAGUGACAGUGAAGCAGAUGAACUAGACGCCCCAGUAGCUCACCGAACACGAGGAAAACUGGCCCUGGAGUGGCCUCAGGCAGGAAAGGGUAUAUUAAAAUCAGGCAAACAAAAGAGAACGAUUAUUGCACCACUAAGGCAAGGGGUGGGAACUAAUGGACCCGUCUUUGUAAAGGUACCCUUUUCACCUGCUGAUUUAGUUAUAUGGAAACAAUCAGCCGGAACGUAUAGAGAAAACCCAGAUAAGGUAGCUCGUGUGGUUAAGAUGAUAAUGAAAACUCAGAACCCUGAUUGGGAAGAUAUUCAUGUCAUAUUAGACACUCUGAUGGAUGAGACAGAGAGAGAUAUGGUUCUUCGAGCAGCAAGAGAAAGAGCUAGAGAAGACAUACGAAAUGGUUUGGUGACAGGGACACUGGAUUAUAAUUUUCCCACUGCAGACCCAGAGUGGGAUGCUAAUGACCCCUCUGGAGUGGAUAUGUUAAGGCUAAAGAGAUAUCAGGAGUGGAUUUCAGUUGGUGUUCAACAGGCAAUACCUAAGAGUAUGAACUGGUCUAAGUUGUAUGAAAUUCGACAGGAAAAGAAAGAAUCUCCCACUGCCUUUCUAGAAAGACUUAAGGAAGCAGCUAGAAGAUAUACUGAUCUUCAAGUAGACAGUGAGCAAGGAAGAACUCAGCUUGCCUUUAUUUUUCUGGGUCAGGCACAGGAAGAUAUUAGGAAAAAGCUACAGAAACUGGAAGGUGAAGAGUUAAGAAACUUGGAUAAACUCCUAGAGGUUGCCUGGAAAGUUUAUAAUAACAGGGACAGAGAAAUUGUCAAGAAACAGGGGCAAAGCCUUUUGGCAGUCUUACAGAGACAGGGGCGAGGACGUGGUAGAGGUGGUCGUGGCGUUAAUAGAGGUGGCUUUGGCAGAGGUUCUGGUCAUGGUAGAUUAGGUCUGAAUCAGUGUGCAUAUUGUCGGAUGGAGGGACACUGGAAAAGGGAGUGUCCAAACCGGUUUAGCCAGAAUGGUCAGCCUCAGUUAGACAGUAUGUUUAAUCAAAGUGGUGAGCAUCAGCUGGAGGGUGUAGCCAGGGUCAUGGUUUUACAUGAGAGGGAGCCAGGAUCAAGAGAGCCCAUGGUGACUUUGCAUUUAGAAGGAAAAGACGUAGAUUUUCUCAUUGACACGGGGGCCACACAUUCUGUACUAAAUUAUCUUGAGGGGCAAAUUGGGAACAAGUCAGCAGCAGUCGUUGGAGCCACAGGGAAGGAGGAGGUACGGCCAUUCUUGCAACCCCUAGAAUUGAGCUUUGAAGAUAAGAUCUUGACCCAUGAAUUCUUAUACAUGCCAGACUGCCCAACUCCGCUCUUAGGGCGCGAUCUACUGGCAGCACUGGAGGCAGUAAUUACUUUUGAGAAUGGUGAACUCGUAAUGAAAAUUCCGGAGUCUAAGACAGGAAAGAUUUUGAUGAUAAAAGAAAAACCAAUUUCUAAUAUUCCUAAAGAAGUAGAAGAUGCAGUAAUUCCCUCUGUCUGGGAAACAGAUGUACCUGGAAAAUCUAAAUUGGCACAACCGGUACAUGUAGAGUUAAAAGAAGGAGCAAAGGCUGUACGAAUUAAACAAUACCCUAUAAAACCAGAAGCACGACAGGGAAUAGCAAAGACCAUUGAUAAAUUUUUAAAAUAUCGAAUUCUAGAGGAAUGUAAAUCAGAAUACAACACCCCAAUUUUCCCAGUGAAGAAACCCAAUGGUGAGUAUAGACUUGUACAGGAUUUAAGAGGUAUAAAUGAAAUAACAAAAGACAUUCAUCCAGUGGUUGCCAAUCCCUAUACAUUGUUAGCAUCCAUAAAAGAGAUAUAUAAAUGGUUUACUGUAAUUGACUUAAAAGAUGCUUUCUUCUGUAUACCCCUUGACCAAGAAAGUAGGAAACUAUUUGCCUUUGAGUGGGAACAUCCAGAAAGUGGAAGAAAAACUCAGCUCACCUGGAGUCGAUUACCGAUGGGGUACAAGGGGUCGCCCACUCUCUUUGGAAGUCAACUGGCAAAAGAACUGGAAAUCUGGACCAGAGAAGGGCAAGUACCAAGAGACCAAUAUUUAUUACUCCAGUAUGUAGAUGACAUUUUGAUUGCAACAGAGGAAGAAAUGACCUGCAUAAAGGUAACCAUUGAGAUCUUAAAUUCACUAGGAAUGGGAGGGUAUAAGGUAUCCAGAGAAAAAGCACAAAUUGCCCAACAGACUGUGAUUUACCUGGGAUGUGAAAUCUCACAAGGGCAGAGAAAACUGGGUACUAAUCGUAUUCAAGCUAUCUGUGCUAUUCCAGAGCCUCAGAAUCUACACGAGCUGCGGAUCUUCCUCGGAAUGACAGGGUGGUGUCGCCUGUGGAUCAUGGACUAUGGACUGAUUGCAAAACCCUUGUACGAGGCUCAGAAGACGCAGCCGUUCACCUGGGGCAAACCACAGAAAGAGGCCUUCCAGAAGUUAAAGGAAGCACUGACAACUGCUCCUGCUUUGGGGUUACCUGAUCUGUCUAAAGACUUUCAGCUGUACGUGCAUGAAAGGCAGCGACUGGCACUGGGAGUCCUGACCCAACGACUGGGAAGCUGGAAAAGGCCGGUGGGUUACUUUUCCAAACAACUCGACAACGUAAGUGCCGGAUGGCCUUCAUGUCUGCGGGCAGUGGCAGCUACCGUGCUGCUGAUACAUGAAGCCAGGAAGCUCACAAUGGGAAGACACAUAGAUGUCUAUGUGCCACACAUGGUAACUACAGUCCUGGAACAAAAGGGGGGCCAUUGGCUCUCUCCAAGCCGGAUGAUGAAGUUUCAGGUAACCCUGACUGAGCAGGAUGAUGUUGCACUAAAAACAACUAACCUCUUGAAUCCAGCUCUAUUUCUAGGUGCCACAGCUGAGGAAGGCCCAUUAGAGCACGACUGUCUAGAAGUCAUCGAGCACACUUAUUCAGCAAGAACAGAUCUGAAGGAUGUCCCCCUGGAGCAACCAGAGUGGGAACUCUUUACAGAUGGAAGCAGCUUCAUGGAGAACGGAGCCAGAUACGCGGGAUAUGCGGUAACUACAAUUGAUGUAGUAAUAGAGGCAAAAUCACUACCACCUAACACGUCUGCACAAAGGGCAGAACUAAUCGCAUUAACCAGAGCACUCGAGCUGAGUGAAGGGAAGACAGUGAAUAUUUGGACUGAUUCCAAAUAUGCCUUUGGAGUAGUGCAUGUACACGGAGCUUUAUGGAAAGAAAGAGGACUGCUGUCCUCCCAAGGGACGAAUAUUAAACAUCAAGAUGCAGUCCUACAAUUGAUAGAUGCAGUACAAAAACCUGAACAAGUAGCAAUCAUGCACUGCAAGGCACAUCAAUCAGGCAACUCCAAAAUUUGUGAAGGAAAUCGAAAAGCAGAUUGGGCAGCCCGUUAGGUAGCGCGAGAGGUGCAGAAAACAAUGGCAUUGAUACCAUCAAGACUUAAUAUCUCUCAAUUUAAUUUGCCUCCGAAGCCAAACUAUACAAUCGAAGAUGACAGACUAGCACAACUGCUGAAGGCACAGAAGAACGCAGAAGGGUGGUAUGUAACCGCACAAGGGCAAAUAGUGGUACCUCCUUUGGUAAUGAGAGAAAUUUUACAGGUAAAACAUAAUGAGUGUCACUGGGGUGCAGAGGCGUUGGUAAAGUGGCUAAGACAAUACCUAAUCUCAGUACGGAUGCAAACAAUGGCCAAGUCAGUAAUGUCUAAAUGUGAAAUCUGUCUGAAAAACAAUCCCGUAGCUAGACGACAGGCACAAUUAGGCAGAAUUCGGAUAGGAAUAGAACCAGGAGACUAUUGGCAAGUGGAUUUUGCAGAACUGCCAAAAACUCGGGGAUACAAAUACCUGUUAGUAGGGGUUGACACGUUUUCUGGAUGGCCAGAAGCCCUUCCCUGUCGCACAAACCAAGCAAAGGAAACAGUUAAGUGGUUAUUACAGGAGAUCAUUCCCAGGUUUGGGGUGCCCCUAGGGAUAUCAUCAGACAGAGGCCCACACUUCAUAGCCACAGUGGUACAAGAGGUAAGCAAGUUAUUGGGAAUAUCUUGGGACCUCCACACACCGUGGAGACCCCAGUCAAGUGGGCAAGUAGAAAGAAUGAACCAGACACUGAAGAGGCAGAUCAGUAAAAUAUGCCAGGAAGCCAAACUGCAGUGGCCACAGGCUUUGCCGAUAGCAUUGCUGAGGGUUCGGAUAAAGCCUAGGAGUGGGAUGUCAGUUAGUCCUUAUGAAAUAUUGUAUGGGAAACCAUAUGAAUCUCCUAACCCCAAUCCAAAUGUUCAUGUCACAGGGAAACAAGAUGUGUAUAAUUAUGUUCUGUCCCUCGGGAAAACUCUAGCUCGGCUCCGAAGUGUUCUCGUGUGGAACAGACCACUGGCCCUGGAGAAUCCAGUCCACAAUAUCGAACCAAGAGAUGAGGUAUACAUCAAAACCUGGAACGAAGAACCACUAAAAGAGAAGUGGACUGGUCCCCAUCAGGUACUGCUAACCACCUUUACAGCAGUCAAAGUGGCUGGAGUGGAACCCUGGAUACACUACACGCGUGUGAAGAAGGUCCCUCGUGGAGUCCAGUCGUGGGCUGUAGAAACUUUUGGACCAACAAAGCUGAGGCUGAAACGUCUGUAACUGUUCAAAUGGUAUUGGUAACUGUGCUCAUGCUCUUCCUGUGGGUAAUGUUAAUUUCAUGGAUACUAAUGUCACCAGUAGGGAUUGCUGUUACUUUGGGAUAUGGGAUACAGAAGGGUCAACUAACAACUCUUCAUUCUAGAAUGAAGAGAGAGAUACAGGCAAAAACACAAGUAAUAGAAAUUUCUAAUGAAAUUCGGGCUGAGAAUGUAAUGAUUGGAUUGGUCAGAGACUUUGCCAAAAUGCAUAAUACCAGCAGAAUAACGGCCUGCCUGCCAAUACCAAAGGCAGCAGGGGACCCAGUAAGCUGGGGAAUAAUAACAUCAAAAUUACCUGAAAUAGGAGGGAACAAAACAAUUAACUGUAAACAAGUACCAGAGUCAAGGGUGGUGGUCAGAGAAUACUGGAAGAUAACAGAGGAUUCCUAUAUGCAACCCAUGAGAAAGCCAGAGUGCAUUCUUAGUAAUGGCAAAUUGGGACAAAUCAUAGAGUGGUGGGUUAAGGACCAAGACCUUGCAAAAUGGCAAUGUUGGUUUCUACGCUAUCAAAAGAUCAGGGACAACGCUACAGAAAGUGUUGUGGUGUGGAAAUGUGAAGAGAAGGAUUGGAAAGGACUGGAACCUUGGGACAGUGCAUGGUCUGUGAGCAUCCUCCAGAAAUUCCAAUAUAUGGAAAGCACACCCUGGUGCAUUAAAUGGAAAGGCUCUGAAAAUGAGACAGAUCCCACAGUGGCAAAUACUGAUACUAGCAGUCAGAAAGAGGCAAAUAAGGUAAGUUGGUGGGUAUGUAAGAAAAUUUAUGAUUGCACCUCUGACAAUCUAGAAAUGAAACAGUGGUCACCAUUGGCAAUAGCCUUACGAAUUGGUUGUGCCUGCAGGAAAAUUAAACACAAACAAGGCAAAAUAGAUUCUAAGAUUAUAGUAGGAUGUAGCAGGAGUACAAUUCGAAGUCCAGGACCAUUUGUAUGGGCAAUGAGUGAUGGCACAUGGACAACACACUUGCCUAUGGACAGGGAGGUAAGAGAAAUCACCCUGGGCCUUCCCACUUUAUGUCCAAUUUGGAAGAAAUCCCCAUUUAACAGGAGCAGUGAAGCCUUGCAAAUAAAAGCAAAGCGAGACGUCUCAGAAGACGAGAACCCAGAUGACACUUGGAAGGAACCCUCUAGUGGAGUAAAGAUUGGGUGGGCCCUAGAAUCCUUGUUUGGUCCCAUUGCAAAUUAUCGAAAUAGAGAAAUGCUAUAUAGACUCACAGGUCAGGUAGACAGAUUAGCAAGAAUCACACGAGAGGGAUUUAGGGAACUCAAUGUGCAAUUACAGGCCACCACCAAAAUGACCCUGCAAAAUCGUUUGGCUUUAGAUAUGUUACUUUUGAAAGAACACGGAGUGUGUGGAUAUUUAAAGGGACAAAUCGACCAUUGCUGCAUCCACAUCCCAAAUGUAACUGCAGAUGUAGAACAUGACAUCAGUCAGUUAAAACAAAUAGAGCAUGAGGCACAAAAGGAACAAAAGGAUUUAGCUACUAGCUGGUUGGGUAAAAUCUUUGAAGGAUUAGGAUGGAAUGUGAGUUCAUGGAUAAAGUCUAUCCUUGAAAAUCUGAUAAUUUUACUGAUUAUAUUUUUAGUAAUUUGGUUAGUUUACAGAAUCCUGAAGAGAGAAAUACAGAAAAAGGCAUCUUAGAACAGGACCAUAAUGAAGGCAUUAGCACGGAACCCAGCACCUUCAAUCCGCAACAACAUCCCGGACAAAGCCUAUGACAACAAAGGACUUGAAGAUGAACAUCCAGUAUGAACUCUGAAGCCUAAUGGACUGUAUUAAGUGAAAGCAUUUACACUUAGUAUAUUAGAGUGAAAAUACUUUCAAAGGGGGGAAUGUUGGUGGAGGGUUAAAAAAUAUAAUUUCUAGAUUGAGUAAUGUAUAGGGGGAGGAAAGUAGAGAACGUACAACUGGAACUUGACGCAGCUAGCUGGGAACAAGCGUCAGUUUCGGUAAACAGCUCCAUGCUAUUGUUUUAACCAAAUCAAGUGUGGAUCAGGGUAGAAGCGUAGGUAUGAUUUAAGAUAGUAACUAAGGAAUAGGAUAAUCAGUAUCUAGGGGUGGGGGUUAGUUAACAUGUGUAUAAUUUAAACUAUAAAAAUCACGAAUCGACUCUGUAUGCUUUGGACAUCAGAUUUGGGUGUAUUAUCACCCCGGUGUCCCGCGCGCUGGAAUAAAGAACCGCAUAUGAUCGCC